AUGACAAACCGUAACGCACAGGAUCUGGCAGAGAAUGUGCUAUCUCUCUACGAUGUGAGCUCAAACCGAGACGCCACUAUUGCCAAGUAUUAUUUACCUGACGCUGUGUUCACGGACCCCAUUGUGUCUGUGCGUGGCAUGGACAAUAUCCAGGCGCAGUUUCGUGUGUUAUCCAAGUUUGUCAAGGCAAGCAAGGCCACACUCGUGCGUGGUUCUAUGGCGGGUGCUUCCGUGCUUACGAUUGACAGUUCCGUGGUCUACCGUCUCAAGCCUUUUCCUAGCUUUAUGAAGAUUGUGCUGCGCGUUUUCUCUGUACUUGAGCUUAAAAAUGGCCGCAUCGCCUCGCAUACGGAUCACUAUGACUUUUAUUCGGUGCUGGCUAAUGUGCCAUUUGUUGCUUUCUUCUACGCACAAUUUCGUCCCAUGUUUGGUGCUGCCAGCUCUGCCGUGAUCAAGAGACUUGUACCGCCACAGACCAAGCCCGCCAUCUUGGCCGGCAAAGCAACGGAUGUGUCUACGACCAACGGCAACGAAGUGACCACUGCAGGGGCGACGUGA